AUGCUCGAGACCGAUAGGCUCCUAAAUCCCACAAACAGCUCCCCCCGAGACGACUUUGGCGGAAUUCCUACUGAACACGAGACUUGCGAUUCCACAGUCCAAGACUAUACAGAAAUCGGCGAAGAUGAACUUGAAAGGAGUAAGCCCGAAAACUCCUCAUUGGUGAUAUUCUGUCUCUCAUGCAUUACAUUCGUGAGUUGCUAUUUGGGCGGCCUGGUUACUGUCUGUGUGCCACAAAUCGCGAAGGACCUACAGCUGAACCAGGGUAUGGAGCUAUGGCCCGUGUCCAUGUACGCAUUGUCCACAGGCUGUACGCUCCUCAUCUUCGGAGCUGUUUCCGACGCAGUCGGCAGUCGGCAGGUCUUUCUCCUCGGUUGCUUCUUUCAAAGCAUCUUUUGCAUGGCGUGUGGACUGUCUGAGAAUGGCACACAGCUCGUUGUUUUCAGGGUCUUCUCUGGACUAGCAACCGCCAUGUGUCUUCCUACUGCCAUGAGUAUCGUUUCCGAGAACUUCGCCCCCGGAAAGCUGCGCAACCUGGCAUUCUCUUUCAUUGGAGGUGGCCAACCGAUCGGGUUCGGUCUAGGCAUGCUCAUGGGCGGCGUCUGUGCCGACACCAUUGGCUGGCGCUGGGGGUUCCAUACUGCUACGAUUGCCAACACAACCGCCUUCCUUUUGUCCUGGUGGCAGCUACCCCGGCCCCAGGGAAGCGGCAUUAAGUGGGAGCUGCUCUUCUUUGGUAUCGAUUGGCUCGGUUCUAUUGUCGUCAGCGUCGCUCUGGCCCUUCUCUCACUAGCAUUAGCCAUCAUAACCGCCGACGUACAAAGUAUCAGCGAAACUUCUACCAUCGUUUACUUCACCCUAUCGGUCAUACUGCUCGUAUUUUUUGUCCUCUGGCAAGAAUACCAAGAGUGCCGCGGCAAGCCCACACUCAUACGCAACUCACUCUGGAAAAAUGUCUCCUUCACCUCGAUCUGUAUUAACGUCUUUGUCAUCUGGGGCGCUUUCAAUGGCUUCGAACAAAUCAUCAACUUCUUUUUCCAGAACGUACAAGAGAUCUCUGUCCUCCAAACUGCUCUCAGAUUCAUCCCCACGCCCAUAACAGGCCUACUCAGCGCUCUCGUGACAGGCAUGGUGCUACACCGCAUCCGCGCCGACGCCAUCAUAAACAUCACCAUUGUGAUAUCUGCCGUCUCCCCAUUGAUAAUGGCUCUGGUCAACCCAUCUUGGACAUACUGGCGCUGUGCCUUCGUUGCGAUCUGCUUGAACUCCAUCGCUGCAGACUCACUCUUCACUGUUUCCAACAUCCUCAUUGCUGAUAUGUUCCCACCCGAGACCCAAGGUCUGGCAGGGGGAGUCUUCAACACUUUCUCGCAAGUUGGCAAGAGCUUUGGAUUAACUUUCGUCGAACUAAUCGCCAGCGUUGUCAGCGAUAGGCAGGCUGGUGGUGCAGAAAGAUAUCAGCCAGAUGGAUAUAUGGUCGGAUACCGGGCCUCCUUCUGGUUUUUGUUUGCUGUCAACGUAUUCAGUCUUUUGAUUGGUUUUGUUGGGCUGAGGAAGGUUGGAAAUAUCGGAAAGAGGCAUGCACAGUAG